AUGGACGAUCAAAAGAUAUGUCCUGAUGCAAGUGCCACGCUGCCACUACUCAGACAUCCUGAUCCAAGCUCACCACACAAGUUUGAUUUUGUGCCAUAUAAUCUGGCUGUUUCAGUUGAUGUGUCGCUGUUUCCAUUCGAUGAGCAGCGAUGUUCGUUAAAAUUCGGUUCGUGGACCUACCACGGGUUUCAAGUCGACAUCACCAAUCGAAGUGAUAACAUCGACUUGACUAAUUAUGUUCCUUCUGGAGAAUUCGACCUCGUCAAG